GCACCCCCCUGUUCCUGUGCGCGUACUUCCGACGCCAACACUACUCGGCGACGGUGAUCGCCUCUACGCAACUCCUCCGCCGCCGUCCCCUCUCCCGACACAUCCGCUACCUGAUUCUCCGUGCGCAGUUCUAGGAGAAUGAUAAACCUUUUCAAGAUAAAGGGGCAAAAGAAGGAAGAUGCAGCAAGUACAAAUGGAAAGCCUGUUGCCAAGAAGCAAAGUCCAGGGGAGUUGCGUCUCCAUAAAGAUAUUGCUGAACUCAACCUUCCGAAAACAACCAAAAUUUCUUUUCCUCAAGGCAAGGAUGAUCUGAUGAACUUUGAGGUUACCAUCCGACCUGAUGAAGGAUACUAUGUGGGUGGUAAGUUUGCUUUUACCUUCCAAGUUGCUCCUGCUUACCCACACGAACCACCCAAAGUCAAGUGCAAGACUAAGGUUUACCAUCCUAAUAUUGACCUGGAGGGGAAUGUCUGCCUUAACAUUCUACGUGAAGAUUGGAAGCCUGUCCUCAAUAUCAACACCAUCGUAUAUGGCUUGAAUCUUCUUUUCUCACAACCUAACGAGGAGGACCCCCUGAAUCAUGAGGCAGCAGCUGUUCUUCGGGACAACCCACAGAAGUUUGCAAAAAAUGUCCAGAGGGCGAUGGCUGGAGGCUUUGUUGAUGAAAUCCAGUUCCCUAGGUGCAUGUAACGCCCGAAGAUGGUGAUGUGUAUCUGACUUUUCUGCUAUCAAUGAGCUGUGUGGAACAGUGUCCAGAAGAAGUUGCAUUCGUGUUAUCGGUGCCAAUGUUGUUACCUUCUUCAGAGCAUUUGGGUCAUGUAAGGUUCUGUAUUAAACUGUCGGGGCACUUGGGGUGGUGACAUUGCCAGAGACGCUUUAGAAUUUUCAAAAGACAAAAUGCUGAACAAGAUUCUAUUGCUUUAGCUUCGUGCAUGUUUUAUCACUUGAGUACCAGCAGGUCUGUGCUUA